AUGAGUGGAUUCAAAGUCGAAAAUCGCACCAGCGAGAGCGUCCAAUGCUCUAUCACGAACACCACCGGCGGCAACGCGGAGUGGUUCAACGUCGCUCCAGGGUGCAAUGAUACGUGGAAAAGGGCAGGGUGGGAGGAUGUCAAGUUCCGUGACCCGGCGGAUACGAAGUUCAAGUCUCUUCGAGCCAACCGCGGGGAGCCCGCGAUCAUCUACUUCGACGGGUUUGACAAACCUUUAACUAUCGUGAACACCUACCAGCCUGCUGGCUUCAGAGUCAACAACAAGUCGCCGCAGACGGUGAUGGUCUCCGUCACCUCCACUACAGGGGGAGACAACGCGCUGUUCAAGCUGGUUCCCGGGCAGUCGGACGUCUGGAGAAGGAAUGGAUCCGAGACAAUUCGUGUCCAGACUGAAGACGGAAGCAAGCAUGCAGAAGGCGUCUUCGACAACAAGGGCAAGAUGGCGGACGUCAACUUUGUCGACUUCAGUUACAGCCUGGUCUUUCGGACGGGUAACGCGAACUACAUUGCUGACGAACACUACGCCGAAGCCGCGCGCAUAGCUGGUUCUUACUACGACAAGACUCAGGCCUUGGAUUCCCAUUUGACUCUGGCCAUUCCCAAAGUCGAUGCGCUGGAACGCGCGGUUCACGGCACGUCUCUCGUCGGCUGA